AUGGCCAAGGACAGCCUCCCAUCGGUCCAAUCCCUCGACAAGCCCGAAAAGCUGCAGGAUCUCCUCAAAGAAGACCGCGGCGACGACUGCCUGUCAUGCAGGAUCGUCGGCGGCGGUGCCUUCCUAGGCCUAGCAGCCUACAGUUACAUGUCUGGACAAGCCCAGCUCGAGAAACAAAAAGCGAAGAUUCUUGCUAGUGGUUCACGGUUUGGGAUGCGCAGUCGUAGCGCGGGGAUUACGACUAUUUCACUUGGCUUGGUUUGGUUGGGGAUUUGGAGGUUGGUGAAAUGA